CGGGAAUGAAGUUAGCUGGCUAGUGAAUUUGCACUGGUCUCCUGCAGAGCUGGUAAUCGUGGAAACCCGUUGAAUCUUUUACAAGAUGGCGUCGGUGGAUUUAAGAGACAACCUCCUUGGGAUCUCGUGGGUUGACAGCGGCUGGGUGCCCAUCCUCAACCCUGGUAAUGUGCUGGAUUACUUCUCCGAGAGAAGCAACCCGUUCUACGACCGCACAUGCAACAACGAGGUGGUCAAAAUGCAGCGGCUCACCCUCGACCAUUUGAAUCAGAUGGUGGGGGUGGAGUAUAUCCUUCUCCAUGCUCAGGAGCCCAUUCUGUACAUCAUCCGCAAACAGCAGAGGCAGUCUCCCAAUCAAGUCAUCCCCUUAUCGGACUAUUACAUCAUUGCGGGGGUGGUGUACCAGGCUCCAGACCUGGGUUCUGUUAUAGGUUCCCGAGUGCUGUCUGCAGUCCAUGGAAUCCAGUCUGCCUUUGACGAGGCCAUGUCUUACUGUCGCUACCACCCCUCCAAAGGAUACUGGUGGCACUUCAAGGACCAGGAAGAAAGAGAAAAGGCCAAACCAAAGUCGAAAAAGAAAGAGGAGCCCAGCUCCCUAUUUCAGCGACAAAGGGUUGACACAUUGCUCCUGGAUCUCAGGCAGAAGUUCCCUCCAAUCUUCUAUCAGCCCAAGCCUGGGGAGAAGCCUAUACCAGUUGAGGUGAAGAAGGAGCCGGAGCCCCCGGCGGAGUCUGUGAAGCAGGAGGAGAGGGAGCCGGCGGCCAAGACCCCCGCGCCCGCACCCCCGAGCAAGGCCCCGCCAGAGAAGCGGGCACGGCUACAGUGAUGGCCCCACGUGCAGAGGGCCUUCCAACCAAAUGCAGAUGCAUGAAAUGACAGGGCAGUGGGCACAUUUCUAUGGACUGGUGUGUACACUGGGAGGCAGUGCCAAUCCCUUGCUGCCAUGUUUAGUGUUGGUUCUGUGCCUGUGUGGGGGCAGGCUGGAGCAUCACUGAUAAUAUGUUUUGCUUCUGGCUGAUAGGUCUACUUUUCUUGAACAGAUGAGAAAAGAGGUGGUUCAACUGCGAAGUGGUAUCAGAUGAUUUCGCAACAGUCUCUCCCGUGAAAAAUCUGUCCUGAAUCUCUGGCUUGCCUUUCACACACCUACACAGUGUAACAAGUUACUUUGGACACAGCAAACAGAGAUCCCUACCGUGUUGCAUUACAGUGAAACUCAAUAAGUAAAUUGUUGUUCAAGAAGGGGGAGAGUGAAAUUAAAAGUGACAGAUCAUAAUGGGGGUGCUCAGGGCACUCUCCUAAGUGUCCUUCAGAGGGUCUGUCUACACACAUCUGAGGCGGGGAGUGUGCGUGCAGCUUAUCGCUCACAUGGUGGGCUUGCAUGCCCCUGCAUGAGUGUAGCUCACCUCACAAAUCCUACACUACCAGGCAGCAGCACCACACUGCUUCUAGGACUGUCUGAACUUGCUGAAGAUGUGUGCUGAUAAAUAGCUACACAUGACAUAUUUUUAAAAAGUUAAUGGACCAAAG